GGAGAUCUCUUCGUUCCCUACGGUCGUUCCCCACAUUGGUCUUGUAGGAACAUGUUCUUUCGAAGGGUGGCAGUAAUGCUCCAAAUAUUUUGUCGAAAACCGAAACAGUCUCGACAGAAGAAGUAGAAGAGGAGAGGAGAGGAAGGGACCAAAAGUCUCUGAUUUUACCAACGUAGCUGGAAGUGCAUGUUGCCGUUUGCAAGUUGAAACACAUGUCUUCGGAUGUGGUUGAUGUGGAUGACGAUGAUGUGGAGUUUGUAUCCGAGGGUCCUCUCAGACCUGUACUGGAAUUCAUUGACUUAUCCAGUGAGGAUGCAGACAAUGACGAAAAUCCUAUGGAGGAUGAUAUUGACAAGCACAAAGCUCAGGUCACUUCAACUUUGGACAGGCUUGCCCGGCAAGUCGCUGCAGAAAAACAAGAGAGAGCUGACAAAUGCAAGGCCUUCAAGAGAAAGGUGAUCUCACAGCAGGCUCAUGGUAGACAAGAACUGGCUGUUAGUCAUAGUAACGGGGAGACUCACAAUGCCAAGCGCUGUGUUGAUAUGUGGUUGAAAAUGCCAGGAGUGAAGCCUGGAGUGAUUACCAGUGGUAUGGGAUGGCGAAGGCAGUCUGCGGCCUCUGCUUCUAUGUUCAAGGCCAGUCCUCAGACCUGCCCAGUGGUCAACUGCGGCCGUGUGUACGAGAACAAAGCUCUCCUCGAGGGACACCUCAUAAGGUUUGACCACUCUCCUUGUGACCCGAGCAUCUUUCUUAAGGGGUCCCCCUCAGUUCAGUAUGCUUGCACUGCCUGUGGUUGGCAUUUUGACACCAAAGAUUCAUGGAGGACACAUCAGCAGUCUAAGAUAUCCUCUUCCAAUCCCGGGAGUCAUAGAAGCUCUCAGACCUGUCAGCAAAUAGCAUGCUUUGCUUGUCCUACUUGCUGCCUCCUCUUCAACAUCAGGGAUGAGUGCCUUCGGCAUAUGGCAGAGAAAGAUCACUUCUCCGAGUGCAUUAAAGGCUUUGCUUCAAAAGAUGUAGCCACACCGAUACCUGUACCCCGAUAUGCCAAAAACCGCCUGACAGCCUUGUGCAAGGAGGUGGGCUUCAGUAUCCGAUGCUCAGGGUGCCACAAACGGCUAACCUCACACAUGGAGGCCCGGGCACACUUCAAUGUACACUGUAGAAAUGCGACAGCUUUAGCUGUGGCUGAUCAGACCGUAGCUGAGGUGAUGCGGCAGCUCAUCAUACGAGGCCGCUGCGCCGCCUGCCCUAAGAUCUUCCACAGCCAAGAUGAGAUCGACGAGCACAGGCAGCAGACUCAGCACGCGGUGGAGCCCACCGGCAGCAUGGAGAAAGCCAUCCUGCAUUACAGCGACUACCAGGAGAGCCAGCUCUCCCACAGAGCACCGGCUGCAGCGCCAUCGCCGGGGCCGUCCAAGCGAGUCAGGGGCGAAACGCGCUCUCCCCAGGCACAGGGCAGCCGGUUUGGCUCCCCCGCCAAGAGAAAGAGGCCGGCUACCUCCCACGAUGGCGGCAAGUCCGGCCGUGGCAUGGCCAAGGUGUGGUACUGCGAGUGUAGCCUGCGGUUCGCGGACGAGGCUCUGGCGAGCCAGCACUUGCUGGCGUCCAACCAGAUCUUCCAUAAGUGUGGCGUUUGCGACAAGCUGAUGGGUGAGUCGUCCAUCGCCCGGCUACACAUGAGCCGUUUCCACGGCGGCGCCCACCUGACCAACUUCCUGCUACACUGCCGCAAGUGCCAGGUGGACAUGCCGCGAAUGGAGGACAUCAUGGCUCACGUGGGCACCGCACACCAGGGUCACACGUUCUACCAGGAGAAGAAGGAGGAGGUGGCAGUGGCAGCAGCAGCCAAAGCAGCGGCCAAAGCGCGCGAUCUAGAACAGCCGGGUAGUGCGUCCACCAGCGGCAGGAGACCAGGGGCUGGACCUGAACCGGACCGGGCGUCUCCCGAGAAGCAGGCGUGGCUCUGCCGGAUGUGCGAGGACCUGUUCGGCUCGGAGGCGGCGGUGGCCGAGCACUGCGGCGACCUGACGGCGCACAGCUUCCAGAGGUUCGCCUGCGCCCACUGCCCCCAGAAGUUCUUCAAGGAGGCCACGCUGCGGCGCCACUGUCACGCUGAGCACCAGGGCCUGGAGCUCGUCACGCGCUUCUUCUGCGGCCUCUGCGAGAGCAUGCUCUACGACACCGAGCAGGACUUCCUCCAGCACUACGCCAGCCUCCAUGGGAAAGACUACUACUGCAUGGACGCACCCCAGCCCAGCACUUCCACCGCGCAUCAACAGGUCUUGGAUCAGCCGGUCGACACCGCCACCGCAAUGGAUGUGGACCCUGAGCGGCUCUGUCCCUGCAUGAGCGUGGAUUUGCCCAAGGACAAGGCCAAGGCCACGUACACGCGGUGCAUGAAGCAGAUGGCCAACAACCGCAAGUGCAGUUACGCCUGCAGCCUUUGCGAUGAGCAGGUGCUGUCCUACGGGCAAAUCAAGACUCAUGUGCACACGAAGCAUGGCGCACCGAAGCAAGCCAAGGCCUUCACGGUAGUGUGCGGGGCGUGUUCGGAGAAACAUGAAGACGUACCGGCCUUCCACAGUCACUACCACGCCCAGCACUGCCCCCUAGAGCCCUGUGUGAGCUCCCGCAGUUGCAGCCAAACGGCCGAGGCCUCGACCUCGACCAGCACCAAGAUUCUGCAUGCUGAGGAGAUCUGCCCGGAAAAGCAUGGCAAAUGUUCUCCAACAAACGACAUCCACAUGGAAGAAUAUGAAGACGUGAAGCAGGUCAUGUCACUGGUGUCUUCGGAAAAAGAAGACAAGAAAUCUGAUGAAGAUGAGUCUGAUGAGGAGUUGAAACGCGCCCUGGCCCUAAGUGAGGAGGAAGCGAAGAAGCCCACACCCUUUGAUAAUGAUGUUCAUGCAUCAGUGUGACCUCAAUGUAGAAAUGGAGGAAGCUUUAAGAAGAAGUCUGGAAGAGUUCUAAUAUUGCAGAGGACCCUAUUUUUUUUUGUUUUUUGUUUUGUUUUUGCUGUUCUUUAUAUGUGUUGUUGUUCAAAACAUACACAAGGGUAUGUGUACAGGUGAUGUCUGGCUGUUUGUAAAUUAUUUUGAAUAAAACUGGAAUGCUCUA